GUUGGUACAUGGUCUGGCAACUGUUUUUGUCUAAAUUCAAAUUCUUGAGAGAAUUGAUAGGUGAUACGGGGUCCCAGCAGGGAGACAACGAGCUUUCAGAGACCAAAGCUGAACAGGAGACUCCACCCUCGCCUCAGACAGAUAGAAAGACAUCUGCUCGACAGCGAAGGGCACAUGCAGAAGACACAGCAUAA